GUCACAUAUUUUUGGCGCCUCUUCUUCUGCGCCCCUCUCCUCCCGAACCGCAGAUACCACAGAGAGUCGGCAGCUGAACACAAGCAACAAGCAAGGGAUCCAUGGCGGCUCAGGCUCUCCUCUCCGGCCGGCAGCUGCUCGGCCGCCCCGUGCAAGCCGUCUCCCGGUCGUCCGCGAGGAAGGCGCCCUUCGUCGUCAGGGCCAGCUCCAGCCCUCCGGCCAAGCAAGGCGCUGACAGGCAGCUGUGGUUCGCGUCCAAGCAAUCCCUCUCCUACCUCGAUGGCACGCUGCCCGGCGACUACGGUUUCGACCCGCUGGGCCUCUCCGACCCGGAGGGCACCGGCGGCUUCAUCGAGCCCAAGUGGCUGGCCUACGGGGAGGUGAUCAACGGGCGCUUCGCCAUGCUGGGCGCUGCGGGCGCCAUCGCUCCGGAGGUCUUCGGCAAGCUGGGCCUCAUCCCGCCGGAGACGGCGCUGCCGUGGUUCAAGACGGGGGUCAUCCCGCCGGCGGGCACCUACAACUACUGGGCCGACUCCUACACGCUCUUCGUCUUCAACAUGGCGCUCAUGGGCUUCGCCGAGCACCGCCGCCUCCAGGACUGGUACAACCCGGGCUCCAUGGGCAAGCAGUACUUCCUCGGCCUCGAGAAGUUCCUCGCCGGCUCCGGCGACCCGUCCUACCCCGGCGGCCCGCUCUUCAACCCGCUCGGGUUCGGAAAGACCGAGAAGGAGAUGAAGGAGCUCAAGCUCAAGGAGAUCAAGAACGGCAGGCUCGCCAUGCUCGCCAUCCUCGGGUACUUCAUCCAGGGGCUCGUCACCGGCGUCGGCCCCUUCCAGAACCUGCUCGACCACCUCGCCGACCCCGUCAACAACAACGUCCUCACCAGCCUCAAGUUCCACUAGAGCAUUGCUGCCUGUUGUGUUGUAGUGGAAGCGAGACGUGAUGUGUGCAUGAUUCAUGGCCUACUCGCUGCUUAUAACAAAUUAGUAAUCGAUCCUGUUAAUUGAGACCAGAAAUUGUAUCACACAUGGUAAAUCAUUGUACAAUUCCGACCGACUCUAGUGUUAUAUAUAUGGUGAGCGAACGUGUUAUUUCAUCUUA